AUGAUUUUAAUAUUCGGUAAUCAUAAUAUUAUCAAUAUUUUCAAUUAAGUGUCUAAUAAUAAAAAUGCUAUAAAAAUUCCCUUCUAUUCAGAUAAUUCAAGAAUCUUUUAAAGUAUUUCUAAAUAAAAUUUUGUGAUUGUAAAUAAUUAAACUAUUAUUGGUUAUUAAUAUUAAGAUUAUUUAAGAGAAAUUUGGGUCUUUAAAGUAAGCCAAAAAAUAUAUGAUAUUUUAUAAAUUGGAGAUAACUUAGGAAUAUAAUAAGAAGAGUGUAAAGAAAUUAAAAUUGAUUUAGGGAAUAUGACUUUUUUGUAAAUGAAUUAAUCAUUAUAAAAAAGUUGUACUUUUACUAUCAAUAAUGGCUUAUUUAUAACAAUUUUAAAGGAUAAGAUUACAAUUAAGGGAAGCACAACAAAUAAGCUAAGUUAUACUUUUAAUAACCUACUCUAACACAUAUAUUUUGUAGAUAUUAAUUGUCUAAUUAUCUUUGAAUUAUAAGGAGCAUUAAUAAUUGCAAAGCUGUAUAAUAUUUAAUCAUAAAAAUUAUACUUUCUUUAUAAUUUACCUUUGUAUGAUUUUGAAAUUGUAGAACCAAUAUCAUAUAAAGUUGCUUAAACAUAUUUAGCAAUAAAGGUUAAAAACAAAGAAAAUUAAUUCUUUGUAAUGGUGUACAAUAUCAAAUAUUUUGCAACAAAUUGCUUAAUUAAAGUUAUUGAAAUAGACCCAGAUUUUAAUGAGUUUAACUAUAUUGGACACUCACAAAUCUUUGUUUAAUUCAAUAAAUAAAUUAUAGUCCAUUUUUUAUAAUGGGUCCUCUUGAAUUUGACCAAUUUGUAAUUUGAUUCAAAUACAUAUUAUAACAAAUCAUUUGUCGAACUAUAAAAAAAAUCUGAUUUAUUUUUACAAACAUAAAGCAUAAUAAUUGAAUUAGUAGCAAUUAAUACCAAUUAAUAAUUACAAAUAAUAAAUUCAUCAAUCCCAGUCUAUUAUUCGAUUAGAUAACAAAAUAAAGAAAUUUUUCUAGACAAUAUUUUUGGGAGUAUUGAUUUUCUUCUUUACCAUAAUUCUAAUGGAUCGGAAAUAAAACUAAAUCCACUACUCAUAGCGGGCUAAUUAUCCUGCUUGUAACCUUUCUAAAAUUAAGUUUGCAUAUCCCAAAAUGAUCAAAUAAUUUUGAAUUACUUUGAUAAAUAAAAUAAAUUGAUCUUCCAUUUACCAGAAAUUACCUUAUCAUAAUAUUAGUUUCUUAGAAAAUUGAAUAAUAACUAUGAAUUAUUUCUCAUUUUUUCAAAUUAGUCGGGAUGUUCAUACUUGAUAAAUCAAAAUGGAUAGAUUUUAACUAACAAAACCUUAGAUGUUCGUCACUUGUUUCCAAACUAACCACCACCUGAUUUAAUUUUCAGUGUUAUUGGAAAUUUAGGAAUACUGAAAUCUAAUAAUUAACCAUUAUUGGUUUUUAAAAUUUUAGAAAAUGCGCUGUCCUAAUUUUAUUAAUUUGGUGAAAGUUACGAAAGCUAGACUAGUUUAGUUAAGAUUUUAUAUGUAAACAACAAUUAUAUAAUUUUUCAUUCUAGCAAAAUUUAGAAGGAGACAUUUUCUGUUUCUAUACUGAAUGAUUAGUUUGAUAUAAUUAAAAAAAUUCAAGUUGAUAUAAAACAUUUAAUCCCAGAAAAUGAUAUUAAGAUUGUAUCUUCCCUUGUUUUUAUCGAGAUUAUUGAGUAUUUUUUUAAGGACUUUAUAAUAGAUGCUGAUUUAAUUCUUUGCUAUGAAUUUCUUUUCUGUUAAAGAAUGGAUUUUUAAAUUAAUUUUAAUAAUAAGAAAUAUACAUUUGAAACUACUUCGAUUAUCAGGUACCCAUAUCGUGAAUAUUUCAUAAAAUAAGUGGUUUUGAUUAGUAAAACUUAAUUCAUCAUUCAAUUUUAAAAUUAACAUAAAACAGCUUAUUUUUAUAACUUGAAUAAUAAAUCUGCUUUUAUUGUAGAUAGUUUUUAUAAGGAGACAAAGGAUGUCCAAUUAGAAUUUUAUGACUAUGAUUAAUAUAUAGAAAUCCGAUAAGUGGAAAACUAUGUAGAAUUGACAUUAAUGAAUAUUAAACCCUACACCAUUAAGUGUUCAUAAUAAUGCUCCUAAAGUUAGGAAUAUAUUCAACUUCUUAAUUAAGUAUCAAAUUUGUAAAUUGUAUUAUUUCCCAAGAUCAAGGAGAAAGAAAAAAUUCCAUUUUAAUUUAGCCUGGUUAUUUUGAAUUUCAUUACAGUUUUGACAUAUACGCAUUUCAAAAGAAAUAGGAAAAACAUCAGUAACUAAAUAUGUAAAUGA